CGCCCUCUAAAGUCUAAACCUCACCUUAUUAGGCCCUUUGUUUACACACACAUCACACACUACAUUCCCUCCCCCUCAAAAUCACAAUAUACCACUUCCAUUUUCCUCGGAUUUGAUUGAGCAAAAAAACCAUUUCUUCACUAGUCACAAAUGAACUUAAAUCCUUCCCCUUCUCAAUUUUCGAUGCACCAAAUUACUUGUCAUGGCAAUGAUCGUGAGCAACCCUUUGUCCCAAAUCGAUCCUCUUCCGUUUCUUGCCAUUUUUUGUUUGAUCCGACGCACGAUCACACAGGAUUCUACGAUCAUCACCAACUAUACCAAUCCACUCAUCAUUUAACGAACUAUGGAUCAGCGUAUGAGGCGAAGUUCGCAGGCGAAAGCGGCCUCAAGUUAACCCUAUGGAAGGAAGAAAAUGAUGAGCUUCAAAUUAGCAGGAACAGUAGUAGUAACCCUAUGAGAUGGAUGUCGUCAAAAAUGAGGGUGAUGCAGAAGAAUAUGAAGAAGACGAACUGUGAUCGCGCUUCUGAUAAAACAACGAAGAGAAGCAACAGCUUCUCUUACAACAACAGUCCAAUUAGGGUUUGCUCGGACUGCAACACUACCAAGACCCCUCUAUGGAGAAGUGGUCCCAAAGGCCCUAAGUUGUUAUGCAACGCAUGUGGUAUCAGACAGAGGAAAGCUAGGCGCGCCAUGGCCGCAAUGGCGCCAGUGACGUACAAAGGGGAGAACGGGCACACCGCGUCGCAGCUGAAGAAACGCUGCAAGACGGCGGCUACCGCGGGUGGAAAUGGGCAUAAGCGGAUUAGUUUUGAAGAUUUCUUAAUAAAUUUAAGCGAUAAUUUGGCGUUAAACAGAGUGUUACCAGACGACGAGAAGGAUGCUGCGAUCUUGCUCAUGGCUCUAUCAUCUGGCCUUGUUAAUUAAUGAUUGAUUUUUUUUUAUAUUCAAAUUUGGCUUAGGUUUUUAUUUUUGUCUCUUGAUGGAGGUAAUUUAGUAGAUUAGGGUUAAUGUAAGAGAGUGCUCUACUUGUAUUGUUAUGGAUCGAUUUUUAUUAGGAGAUCGAGUGAGAUUUUUUUA